AUGCAUGGAGCAUGUAUUAUGGUCACUCUUCGGUCAGAUCAUCAGUUGUCAAGCGUCAUCAUCCUGACGCCUUCACCCCUGACACUGGAGGGCAGCAUUGGCCAGACACUUCCUGCCGAGUCCGAGGAUCGCAGUGACAGUGUACUGAGCUACAGCUGGUCCAAGAUGAUGGGCAAGGAACAGACGUCGCCAGAGGAGACCCACGAGCAAGAACAGACGAAGAGCAUCUCUGCGCAAUUACCGAUAUGGGGCAGCGAGCAGGAUGCACUGCAAGAGAAAAGCGUACUUCCAGGACCUGAUGAGCAGAGUGACAUGGAAGCACCAGUGGCGAAACUCAGUCACCAGACGGCAGCAGAGGAGAGUGAUUUACGACAACAGCUCCUCAAAAUGGACGAGCCUUUGGUGAUCGAGAGAACACUACGGCCAAUAUCAAAAGAAGGUGGCGUACAAACAAGUAUGGAAACAGUUGAGUUAAAAGAAGGUGGCGUACAAACAAGUAAGGAAACAGUUGAGUUGCUGUCACAGGAGAAAAAGGCAAAAGCACUACAAAAGGAUGCUGGUAUGCAGACUCAGCAGAAGAAAAGAGACGUCAAACCCCCGCUAAAGGAAAGUGGUGUUCAAACGAAGAAGUUACAGGACAGAAUUGACAAAGAAUUGUUACAUGAAAGAGGGGCCCAUGCAUCUCCUCCACGGAAGCGGCCACAGAAAGUGCAAAAGAAAAGUGAGAUAAGCAGUCCUUUAAAGAAGAUCGAGGAACAAAAGACACUGAAGGAUCACAAACCUAAGUUCCAGCCAAAGAAAGAGGUCGUGCAAGGUGCACCGAAAAAGGGAACCAACUUAUUACCAAUAAAACAGCGUCAAGGUCGAUCUUUACCGGAGAGCAGCCACACGCAGGCACCACUUAAGCAAACUCAGGAUCAACAGAUACCUAAGAGUGACUUUCAAGAGUCCUUAGAAGACACUAAAACGCAGCCAGUUACAUCUUGUGUAAGGACCGAGACUCCGUGGAGGCCAAAUCUGAUCCUCGUGCCAAUGCAGAAGAAUCAAGUCCAGACAAUACCAGAGCAGGAAGAGACUGAGGUGUUUGUGGAGAAUUACGAUAUUCAGUCAUUGCCAGAUGAUGGAGAAGGCCACACAUUGCAGAAAGGCAAAUCAAUACAGGAGUCACAGCAAAUACCAGAGCAAACCCAAGCCGUCAAAGACGUCGAGAGUGUCCGUGCGGAAAGCAACAGCAUGCUGGUAGAGUCGAAGAGCAGCUGCACGCAGGCAUCAAUGCUGUGGCUGCGAGGUUUACAGCGGCUGACUCAACAGCUGCAGGCAGCUCCUAAGCCGUCAGAAGAAUCCAUCGCAGCUCCGCAGGUCGAUGCUGUUAGUGAGCAACUAAAACCAGUCCAGGAAGACAUCAGACCGAAGGUGUCUUUCGUGGCGGACGUCAGCGUGAGUAGCGGGAGCUUGCUUAGCUGCACCGUGAACACUAUGCUGACUGCCUCCAGUUCAUCCAUCAUUUCCGAAUUUAAAAGAUGGAAACACUUUGACAGCUAUGGCGGAGACAAAGACAGCGCGAAAUUCGCCACCACAGCAGCAGAGGGCAUGGAUGAUACCAGGCCUGUCGUUGGCGGAGCUUCCGGUGACUCUCAAAUGAUUCAACAGGAGAAAGAGUUUGGAGAAACAUCUUCCCUUGCAUCGGAGUUCCACUUCGAGGAGGACAACGCUAUUCAGCAAGAGAUGCAAGCCACGUCAGAGAAAGGCGAGGACGAAACGAGCUGUCCUGAGCAGGUUCCGCAGCAAAAGAAGACUAGGCCAUCAGUGAGGAAGAGCAGGCCCAAAGCAGCUCCAAACAGACGCAGACCAGGAUCGCCAUUAAUGAGGGGCGUAGGUGAGACAUUACCAACGGAUGCAGCCACUGGAACUCUUCUAAAGCAGGAACGCACCCCAAUACAGCGGAAGAAUAUCGGCACUCAGACACUCAAAAGGAAGCACGUGUCUAGAGUACUGACGAAGAAAAGAGCAAUGCAUAAGACGAUAGAGGAAAGGCUGGAUGAAGAGCCGGAAGAGCAGAGUGAAGUGACUGAGGAGAAGACGAAGAAUGUGGAUGAGGAAUCCAGCACAGAGGCGGAACAAGACCUGGUGGUAACUCCUGCUCUUGAGAGCGGCAGGAAAAGCAGGUUGCUGGUACGAAGGACACCAGCGCAUCCAAAAAAAGCCUGCUUAGCUGCUUGGUGA